UCACGUAGCGUCCACAGUUUUCCAGUUGUCAGAUAAUCUACCUAGUAAAUAUGAGUGAAGUUGUUCAUCUUUACUGCACGACCCGUCCGUUUUCCAUCCUGCUYUAGAUUUAUUCAUCAGAGGGACUUCUUGACUACCCGGACAUCAGGGACUAACAUGUUCAGCACAGGCAUCCUUGUGCUGACAUCUCCCCUCCCGACCCUCUCUUUACGCAUCGCUCCGGUCCUCAGCUCKGCCGCUCAGCUCGUCGACCGCACGCUGUAUGUCCACCUCCACCCCGGGCUGAACCUGAGCGGCGGGAGCCAGCCUCGGCCGGUUUUCAUCCCCCCGGUGGUGGACCUGUCCUCGCUCAUCACUCGCCUGUACAGCAACGCAGCGGACGUGUGCGGGCACUUGGACAUUCGCGUUCUGCUGACGAACGUGCGAGCCUGCGGCGGGGCGGCGGCGACUCCCGGCGGGCCCUUCCCCACRCCRCAGCCUCUGUCUCACUCCCCGGAGGUGGUGCUGACGGACUUUGCGCUCCAGGACCCACAUCAGUCCCAUCAGGUCACGCAGAGUUUACAGAAGUACGCCGGUCACUGCUACAUCUGUAGGCCCGGUAUCCCAUCAGUCCUGCUUCCCGCGCAUCUCGGAAAGCAGGAGGAAAAAGACAGCCCUCAGAUAAAUCAAGAGGAAAAGGCCGAMCCUUUGGAGACGUACAGUGAUGUGGUGGUAGGGGGGACGUUUGACCGGCUGCACGGAGCCCACAGGACACUACUCAGCAUUUCCUGUCUUCUGGCUAAUMGAAGGUUUGUCAUUGGCGUGUGCGACAAAGCAAUGCUUAAAAAAAAAGUCCUGAAGGAGCUGAUCGAGCCGUACUCKGUGCGAGUGCAGAAGCUGCAGGAGUUUCUACGGGACACCAAACCCUCUCUGCGGGUGGAGAUCGUGCCUCUCGUAGACCCCUUCGGAGUGUCUAUAGUGGACCCCGAGCUGAAGUGCAUUGUGGUUAGCGAGGAGACUAGAAAGGGAGGCGAGGCUGUCAACAAGAAACGCAUAGAGAAUGACCUUCCACCUCUCGUCCUUCAUGAGAUCCAGCUGCUUAAAGACGCCCACCGCAAUGAGAUCGAGGAGGAGAAGAUCAGCUCCUCCAGUCUGCGCUCUCGUCUGCUGGGCACCCUCCUCAAACCACCUAAACGCUGCGGYGUUUGUUUUUACCUCCUGUCUCCGUUGCGCCAGGACAAAUCCCACCUCCCUCCUCUUCCGUACGUGAUUGGUCUGACAGGAGGCAGCGGCAGCGGCAAAAGCUCCAUCGUCAAACAGCUGGAGGCUCUCGGCGCGGUCGGGAUCGACUGCGACAAACUGGGUCACGAGGUGUACCAGCCCGGCACGCAGGCCUAUCACAAGGUGCUGCAGGAGUUUGGGUCAGAAAUUCUGAACGAGGAUAAAAGCAUCAACAGGCGCGCGUUAGGUAAAAAUGUUUUCGGGAACCAGGAGCGUUUAAAAUCUUUAACGGACAUCGUGUGGCCUGAGAUCGCACUGCUGGUGAAGGAAAGAAUCAACAAAGCCAGAGAUGAAGGGAAGCAGGUCUGUGUGGUGGACGCAGCUGUUCUUCUAGAGGCCGGCUGGACCGACUUGGUCCACGAGGUCUGGGUCGCCAUCAUCCCCGAGGAGGAGGCGGUGUUGAGGAUAACGGAGCGUGAUGGCGUUAGCACAGAAGACGCCCUGCGCCGGCUGCAGAGCCAGUGGCCGAACAGCAAACAAGUGGAGCACGCUAAUGUAGUGCUGAGCACUCUGUGGGAGUCAGAGGUCACUCAGAAACAGGUUCUGAAAGCUUGGCAUCUUCUUCAGAAGAGAAUCCAACAGAAAGCCYAAGGACUAUAGAAGAUGUCUGGGUCUCUGCAUCACAUCAGCCCUGACUCACGCACACAGAACAAGCAUCUGUCAGGCCUAGGGACGCGUGUGCAUCAAUGACUAAUCCAAAUAAAGAUACGCUGCCUUAAAAGAAAAAAUGUAAAGAAUCAUGAAACUACUGCAAAAUAUCCUGAAAAUUAUUUCCUUUCUUUGAUCAAGACCUAGUGCCUAGUUAAUUUCAUCUAUUUUUAAUAUGAAGUUGGAUUGUGGGGAGAAAAGAUGAACUUUAAAAUAAAUUGUGGAUCUUUUUAAUUAAAGCAUGUGAGAUUUUCAUCAGAUCAUAUUAAUUCAACUGAAAAUCUUUAGAUUUGUUUUAAAUUGGGCAUUCGCUAAUGAGGAAUUCAUUUUAUGAGAGCCUCAAAUUUGUUUUAGUUUCAGCCUUUGGGGAAAUAUUGAAUCUUCUAACAUCUAAUGUUGAGAUAAUGUAAAUUAAAAGAUUUACAUAAGCUAGCCAAUAUCUUUUUAUUUUAUUUUUUAAAUAGUAUUUGAAACAAGGACAUUUAAAGAGAAACUCUAGUACAAUCAGAAAUUAGUCUUUCUGCUCAUUUUAAGAGCCAACUGCAACAGAACCACAAGUUUCACCAAAACAUUUCAGCGCCACUUUGUCCAUAAGACCCUGAAAGCCUCGUUGAGCAGAGUGUUUUGUUACAAGCCACAUCAAAUUUAAUAAAUGUUUACAAAACAUGGAAAUACGGUUUUAUUUGUAGUUUUAGAAACAAGUUAGUGUUUUUAAACUGUCAUCUUGCUUUCAACGCUGACACAAACAUAAAAUUAAAAAACUUUUCUAUCA